AUGGACAAGUUGAAUGGUGCAGUGAAGUCCUUCGGGAAAGCCGAUGCUUGGCAUACAGCAGGUGUCAAGCAAGCUUCCCAGGACCACACUAUCCUGCAGCAGGUGAGGGAGUCAAGAGGCAGUGCGCAGGAAGUCAGCAACUGGCUGAAGAAGAGACGUACCAGCGCGUCCGGAAGGCGCCCAUCUACAGUGAGUGAACGAGGCAUUCGGCUAAUGCAGCUGCAGGACUUCGAGACUGUCGGAGCCCUCGGAGAGGGCAACUUCGGCUUGGUCCUGCUGCUGAGAAACAAGGAAACGCGCGCAGAAUAUGCCCUGAAGGGUUUGAACAAGCAGCAUCUUGAGGAGGCUGGAUGUGUUAUGCGCCCUCCGGACGGCCUUUGGACCUUGCAGAUUUCACAGAAGAAGAUGGUCAUCACAUUCGAACGGCGUGAUGGGACCGAAAAGGACGUGGAGUUCUACCACAGACCGAUCGGCCUUGAAUGUAGUGGCACAGAGCCGAUCGUCGUGCAGCGUGUUCGGAAGAACACUGCAGCAGAGAAGGCUUUGGUUAGGGUAAACUGGGUGGUACGCGCCGUUGAUGGACUGCGGGCACCAGCAGACUUGAUGUCUCUUAUGCAAGCUCGGGCCGGCGAGCUCGCCGAGGAGCCCAAAGCCAGUCAAGUCGUUUUGACCUUCACCCCUCCCGACGAGCUGAAGCUCGUCGACGUGACCUUUCAGCACCAGCCCUGGGGCGUGAUGUUCACCAAAUCAGUGCCGGUGCGGGUCAAGGGCUGUCGGCCAGAGUCGUACAGCGAACGACUGGGUGUUCAGAAGGGCUGGCACUUGGUUUCCGUGGACGGAGAGCAAUUGCCGGAGAGGAUGACUGAUAUCAUGCAGCUCAUCCAGGAGAAAGUCUCGACGCUUCCUGAGAAGCAAGAAGGUAUGUUGAAGAACGAGCGCAACAUAUUGUCGAUGCUGGACAGCCCCUUUAUCAUCCAGUUGCAUGGGUGCUAUCACGACAGCAAGUUCGUAUUCUUCCUGUUGGAGGUCGCUUUAGGUGGCGAGCUCUUCGACCUCUACAACGAGUACGAUCUCUGGGGGCGGACAGAUACAGCACAGUUCUACAUCGCCUGUGUAGCCCUGGGCCUCUCGCACAUUCACUCCAAGCACAUCGUUUGGCGUGAUUUGAAGCUGGAGAAUUGCUUGGUUAACUCGCAGGGCUAUGCUAAGCUGGCGGACAUGGGGAUAGCCAAGAUGGUAACGGGCAAGACCUACACUGUAUGUGGCACUGCGGACUACUUCGCGCCUGAAACUCUGAAGCAGGUAGGUCACAAUCGAGCUGCCGAUUGGUGGGCCCUGGGGGUCAUGCUGUUCAUCAUGCUGGCCGGCCACAGCCCCUUCGAUGCACCGGAGGUGACGCAGAUCUACAAGAACAUUAUUAAAGGUUUCAGCAAGGUGCAGUUCCCACCUGCUUUCCCGAAAGAGGCAGAAGAAUGUGUGCGAUCUCUGUGCCGGAAGAAGCCGGAGGAUCGUCUGACGAUGCAGCGCGGUGGCAUCAGCAACUUGAUGCCUCUGACUUUAUUCGAUGGCUUGAACUGGGAGGAAGUCAAGGCAUUGACGAUGAAGCCACCGUGGAUCCCGCCAGAGCCGGACUACGAAAAGAUCGCUGCCAGGAAGCUGUCCCGACCCAUCGACAUCCAAUUUGAUGAGCUGAGCCUGUGGUUGUCACACGACGAUGUCCCGCAAUUGCCUGGAGGGCUUUCCGCCCACAGCCUCGAGAAUGGGGAGGAUGCGCAGCAGGAACAGAAGGUAUUCGAGCCCGUGCCCAUGCCCGACACGCCAUGUGACAAGAACGACCUGGACGGGAGUGCCAAUGUCACAAGUGGCGGAGCGGCGCGUUUCCGAUGCCAGGCCGCGGAGCGGUCUCAGGUAGAACGUCAGUGCCAGCAGCGGAGCGAUCCGAACGUUGCUUCUUCCGACUUCCCUGUACGGGCUGCGAAACUACGAAGCCUCAAGCUUUUGCUGUUCCCCUGCGCGCGGCAGUCUAGCGCCAAUGCGGUCUGCAAAUUGCCGAGUAUCGGUGUCGGCCGUGUCACCGUGCUGGGAAUGCACUCCAUUCUGGGCUCCAGCUCUGUGUCUCCACCACGGGCGGGGAGCGGUGGCAUCCGACGGCUCCGGCACCAUGCCGCGGACAUAGAGGCCGAUGUUCCGCGAGCCGGUGCCCUGGUCGCUUGCCUCUCGGCAUUGAGUUGA